CAAGCGUUCAAGCCCGCUGCCAGGGCCCAGGGCCAGAGAAGCCCAGGUCUGGGUUCUUUUUUCCUGCCCAGAAGGUUUCCUGGGCGCGUUCCAGGCCCUCAGAGCGGGCAGCGACCGGCUGUCUGGGGCCAGUUCCUGGGCGCCCUCCGAGCUCCCGGCACGCUGCAGUCUGCUCAGUAACCCGGGCCGCCCCGACAGCAUGGGGGCCUGAGGCAGCACAGAAGCCUUCUAUGUCAUCACAAUAGUGGCUGAAGGGCCGGCAGGGAGGGAGGGUCUGAGCAGGGGGCUUUGAGCCUGGCCACAGGAGGAAAGGACAGACCUACCACCGGCCUCAGCCCAUCUUCUGCUCCCUGUCCGAGGCGCCCUGAGGUUCAGGAACAUGCCUGGGUCCUUGGCAGCCCUGCUCUGUCUUGGACUGUGUUUGAGCCAGAGCGUCAAGGCCUAUAAAGAACGACUUCCCAAACCGUCCCUGUGGGCCGUGCCGGGCCCUGUGAUCCCCUGGGGGAAGCCCACCAUCAUCCGUUGUCAGGGCACCGAGGAUGCCCACAAGUACGUGCUGGAGAAGGAUGGAGGCAUGGAGCUAAGAGACAUGCUGGAGGUGGCCGGGCCCUGGAAGGAGGCCGAGUUCUUCAUCUCAAACACCAGAGCGGAGUCGGGAGGCCAGUACCGGUGUCAGUACAGCAGCAAAAAUGUCUGGUCAGAGUUCAGCGACCCCCUGGAGCUGACGGUCACAGGACUGUACCCCAAACCUUCUUUCUCAGUCAUACCGGUUUCCAUCCUGGACCCAGGAGAGGAUGUGACCUUCCAUUGUGAGUCUCAGAUGGCAUCUGACAAAUUCAUUUUCUAUAAGACAACGGGGGCCAACGCGCCCCACAUGCUGUCCUCCUCUGAUCACGGGGCCGACUUCCCCAUCCUCUCUGUGACCCCCUCCCACGGCGGCACCUACCAAUGCUACACUUUUGACGACGACUAUCCUUAUCUCUGGUCCAUCCCCAGUGACAUUAUCUUGCUCAAGGUUUCAGACUCCCAGAGGCGAGGAAGUUCUGACGUCGACUCCGACUACGAUUCUGUGCCUCAGCAACUGACCUUCACCAGCCUCCGGCUAGUCAUAGUUGGGGUAACACUGGCCAUCCUGGGGAUCCUGCUGAACGAAGCGUGGCAUAGCCGAGCGGCAGCCUACAAUCCCAAAGAGAAGCCCAAGCAGCCCGAAAGACAGUCAGAACUGUGGAUGGAUGGGCCUAUAGAAGAUUCCCCAAAGAGACCCUGAGGCCACAAAUGGAGCAGACCAAUAAAGAAUCUGGGAAAUA